AUGUUUUUGGCCAACGAUGGUAAUUAUCGUGAGCUGAGGUAUUUCAAUCCAUGGUUACCAAGUCAAUAUGUUGAGGAAUAUCACCUUCCGAGAAUCAUUAGGGAUAUCACAGGCCAAACCACGGUUCCCAUCGGUGAUGCGGUAAUUUCCACGAUUGAUACGUGUGUCGGUGUGGAGUUAUGCGAGGAACUGUUUACACCCAAUAGUCCGCAUAUUAGAAUGGGAUUGGAUGGGGUAGAAAUCUUUACAAAUAGUAGCGGUAGCCAUCACGAACUACGAAAGCUCCACAGACGCAUUGAUUUGAUCAAGGAGGCAACCUUAAAGAAUGGUGGGAUCUACCUUUACGCGAAUCAGCAAGGUUGUGACGGUGAUCGCUUAUAUUACGAUGGCUGCGCGUUAAUUGCCGUUAAUGGCCAAAUAGUCGCUCAGGGCUCACAAUUCUCUUUGAAGGAUGUGGUCAGUAAUAUAUAUCUAUUUUUCUUUUGCGUCCGUCUUAGCGUAUCACAAACUUCAAGUAAUUUGAAAAUCAAAUUAAAACUCAAGGAAGUGAUCACUGCAACAAUUGACAUAGAAGACGUGCGUUCGCACCGCGUACAGAGUAGCAGGGGAAUGCAAGCUGUUAGUACCUAUUCAUACGAACGUAUUAAUGCACAAAUAGCAUUGUCUCGAAAAAAAGAUUCGAGGCAUUUACGCCCCACAAAGCCCGUUCAGGAAUCCUAUCACACGCCAGAACAAGAAAUCGCGCUUGGACCGGCAUGUUGGCUAUGGGAUUAUCUUCGUCGAUCAAAGACUAGUGGAUAUUUUCUACCACUUAGUGGUGGUAUAGAUAGUUGUGCGACAGCGACCAUUGUGUAUUCUAUGUGCCGUCUGGUCGUUGAGGCCGCAAGCAACCAAGAUGUUCAGGUUAUUGAAGACGCCAGGAGGAUUUCAGGGGAGAAAGAUUCUGAUUAUAUUCCGACAGAUCCGAAAGAAUUCGCAAAGUAG